GCUCGGGUUUGUUCGAAGCUGCCCGUCCUGACCUAUGAUGUUGGCUAUAGUUUUGCGUUUUGUGAGCAAGAUUGGUGUCACUGUCAUGUCCUUUAUCCAGCAGAAGGAGCUUAAAGGAAGAGAAGAUAUUAUUGUUAAUGCAUGCUGCCCUGGUUAUGUAGCCACAGACAUGUCAAGCUUCAAAGGACCCAAAACAAUUGACCAAGGUGCUGAGACUCCUGUGAUGUUGGCCCUCAUUCCUCCAGGUGCAGCCUCUCCUCGUGGAAAAUUCCUGUCAGAGAAGACGGUCCAAAACUGGGGCUAAAAAACUGUUUAUGUCUGUUGUUUUUUAAAACUGUUUACAGACUU